GUUGAUAUAACAGUGGCAAACGGCUGUAUCCUGUUUUCUUCGGACAGAGCACUCGAUGACCAAAGCCAGAGACUUUUGAAUCCAUGACAGUCCAUAGGCCCUGCGUGAAUGGAUUUGCUCUCCUCAUCCACAGCAUGCCUUCUCCUCUCGUCCAACCCACGCAAUCCUUCGCUUCUCGGCGGAACAGCUUAGAUCUCUUGAAAAGAUUCACGGAGGCUAGGAAUUUGAAUUUGGGAAAGGCCAUUAAUGCACAGCUGAUCAGGACGUUCCAACUUGAUUUAAUCCAGGCGAAUUAUUUGAUUAAUAUCUAUGUCAAAUGUGGUCAGCUUCAUCUCGCCCGUCGACUCUUUGAUACAAUGCCCGAGAGAAACAAUGUCUCUGGUAAUGCACUAAUGGCAGGCUAUUUUCAUGCUGGGUUUCCAUUGGAAGCGCUUGCAGUGUUUAAAUCGAUGGAUUUGAGCCAGCUGCCUGGGGGCCCAAACGAGUACAUGCUCACAACGGUCCUCGCUUGUUGUGCGGAAGUCCGCGCCCUCGAGGAGGGUCAGCAAUGCCAUGAAUAUGCGCUGAAGUCUGGAUUGGUGUCGCAUUCUUAUGUCAGAAAUGCGCUUCUCCACAUGUACAGUAAGUGUUCAGGCAUGGAAGAUGCGUUGCAAGUUUUCAAGACCAUACCAGGUUUUGAUAUCUUUGCAUUUAAUUCCAUGAUCAAUGGAUUUUUAGAGCAUGGGCAAUUGAAUUAUGCCUUGGAAGUAGUGAGUGGUAUGGUGAAGGAGGUUGCCUGGUGGGAUCAUGUCUCGUACGUUGCUGUUCUUGGCCUUUGCGCGGAUUCAAAGGAUAUGAAGUUGGGAAGGCAAGUUCACAGCCAAAUUCUUAGAAGAGGAGUUGAGUUCAGUGUCUUUGUUGGUAGCGCAAUCGUGGAUAUGUAUGGGAAAUGGGGUGAUGUUCAAAGUUCCCGGCAUGCUUUCGAUAGGCUGCUGAAUAAGAAUGUAGUCUCAUGGACAGCAGUUAUGGCAGUCUGUGUACAAAAUGGAUGCUUUGAAGAAGCCCUGAAGUUAUUCCUAGAGAUGGAAUUAGCUGGUGUUCGGCCUAAUGAGUUCACCUAUGCUGUUGCUCUGAAUGCCUGCGCAGGUUUGUCGGCUUUGAAAAAUGGUGAUGCACUGAAUGCUCAUGCAGAAAAAUUAGGAUAUAAGGCUCAACUGACUGUUGGUAAUGCUUUGAUUAACAUGUAUUCUAAGAGCGGCAGUAUUGAUGAUGCAAAGAGAGUAUUCACAAGCAUGCCUUAUCAUGACAUCAUUUCUUGGAAUUCAAUUAUAACUGCUUACUCCCAUCAUGGGCUUGCUAAGGAAGCUUUGGAAGCUUUCCAUAAUAUGUUGAAAGAGGUGGUUCCAACAUAUGUGACUUUUGUUGGGGUUCUAUCAGCAUGUGGUCACUUGGGUCUAGUAGAUGAAGGGUUCUACUAUUUGAAUCAUUUCAUGAGGGAAGUAGGAAUAGGACCUGGUGUGGAACAUUAUACAUGUAUGGUCGGGAUGCUGUGUCGUGCUGGUCUACUAGAUGAGGCUGAUAGAUUUAUGAGAUAUAAAUAUGUUGAUUGGGACGUCGUCGCAUGGAGAACUCUUUUAAGUGCUUGUCAAGUACAUAGAAAUUGUGGUCUUGGUCAGAAAAUUGCUGACCAUAUCCUUAAGUUGGAUCCUGAUGAUGUAGGAACGUAUAUCUUGUUAUCUAAUAUGUAUGCUAAAGCAAACAGGUGGGAUGGAGUUGCAAAAGUUCGGAAGUUAAUGCGAGAAAGAGAUAUUAAGAAAGAACCUGGAGUCAGCUGGAUACAGGUGAGGAAUGAGACCCAUGUUUUUGCUUCAGAGGACAAGAAACAUCCGUGGAUGAGCCAGAUCAAUGAGAAAGUAGCAGAACUAAUAGCCCAAAUAAAGCUAAUUGGAUAUGUUCCGAACAUUGCUAGUGCAUUGCAUGAUGUUGAGGAUGAGCAAAAGGAAGAGUACCUUAGAUAUCACAGCGAGAAGCUGGCUAUUGCUUUUGGGCUUAUUUGCACACCGCCAGGCGCACCUAUCCAUGUCAUGAAGAACCUUCGUAUGUGUGAUGAUUGCCACAUUGCCACAAAACUUAUAUCAGUCAUCGUAAACAGGAAGAUAAUAGUUAGGGAUGCCAACCGCUUCCAUUGUUUUGAGAGUGGAGUAUGCUCUUGCGAUGAUUACUGGUGAUCUGGGGAAAAAAAAGCUCUCUCAAAGGAUAACAAAAGCAGAAGAUUUGCUGGAUCAUAUUGAAAAUGCGUACUCCUGUCUUGGAGCUGCUCCUGCACAUGCGGUCUGCUGAUGCUGAGCUCUUUGAGUUAACUCUCUAAAGUCUUAAACGCCCAUCCAGAUUUUCGUGAGAUAUUCCUGUGAUUGGUUCCAGAUUCCAGCUCAUCAGGGUACUUCAGAAAGCCUUGCCCAGAUUAUCACAUGCCGUGUCUGCUGCAUCAUAAUCAAUAAACAAUUUGUGUGAGAUCUCUAAACAGUGAACAGAGGGUAACAUGAAAAAAAGCAGAUGCAAGCAGCAAGUUCGCCACUAUUUCUUGGCUGGAGGUUAGCAGCAUGAUCCUUGCACUAGGAUUCAUAAGGAAGGAGAUAUGAAGGUGCAUAAUCUAUAAAGUAUGCCAUUGACUUCUCAGGGUCAUGUACUGCAACUAUAUGGCUGGUGUACAAUUUCAACUAUGCAAGCUGUCUGAACUAUAUGGCUUGUGUAGAAUCUCAACUAUGCAAGCUGUAUGUUAUAGUGUCUCCAUCUAGCAUAUUCACAUCAGUUAAUUUAUCUUUCA